AUGCUAAAAUGGCAUGAAAAAGUACGUAAGUACUUACGUACCACCGCUUUCUCCUAACCCUUCUCAACCUUCUCUUUUCCCAAAUAUUCUUUCUGGGAAAAGAGUCGGUCGAGUCUGGUCGGUGGUGUGGUAGGUCACUACACACUCCCCGAGAAGGCGGGGCCAGCAACAUGGCUACGUUGAAUGACUCAAUUGUGUUAUGUAAUAAUACGAAUCUAGAACCUGGAAGAGAUUGGUGUUUAAAGAGCAAAGACUUUAAUAAUAUUGUCAUGUGUUAUAGGGAAUCUAUUUCUGAAAGAAUAGGGCUUUGGCAAGUUUUAAGCGAUAGCCAUUUAUCGGUGGUGGCUUUCAUCUUCCAAUUGGUUUUCAUCAUGUUCGUCAAUCAUCUCAUCAUCUUCCUCUUUAGGACCCUUCGUCUACCGCGAAUCGCAGCCGAGAUUCUUGGUGGUAUACUAUUAGGUGCGAGCGGGAUAGCUCGAACAUCGUUCGGUUUUGAUUACAUAUUUCCCCAAAGAACAAUUAUGACUCUAGAGACCGUUGCGAAUUUAGGCUUACUUUUCUACAUGUUCUUGGUGGGAUUAGAGGUUGAGAUAAAACCGAUUUCCCAAACAUCCAAAGAGGCCCUAACAAUUUCAAUGGCGGGCUUCCUCCUCCCCUUCCCUGUUGGCUACGCCUUACAUUGCAUGUUUGUAGGCGACAACAUAGGGGUGAGGACGGAGGCAGCCACGUAUGGCCCCAUAUUCUGGGGCCUUGCUCUUUGCACCACGAAUUUCUCGGAAUUGGCCAUGAUCCUCGAAGACCUCAAGCUCCUCCACACGGAGAUAGGGCGUAUCGCGCUUUCAGCAACCGUGGUAACAGACGGGAUUGCUUGGGUAUUGCUCGUCCUAUUGGUGGCCACCAUCAAGGACAUGCACGUCUACACAGUAAUAUUAGGUUCGGCUUUCGUGAUUUUCUGCUUGCUAGCCUUAAGGCCAGCCAUCACUUGGUACAUCGAACAACACGCCAUCUCUAAUUACCAUUACGAAGAUUUUCACAUCUGUUUCGUGCUGACGGGCGUGGUGGCGUGCGGGUACAUAACCGACGCGUGUGGUUGCCACUCUAUUCUCGGUGGUUUCAUGUUGGGAUUGAUCAUCCCGAAAGGGGAGCUGAAGAGGGUUUUGAUGGAGAAAGUUGAGGAUUUCAUUUCCGGGGUUUUAUUGCCUCUGUUUUUCUUGAUCACUGGGCUAAGAACCAAUCGUCAAGACAUAUUUAAUGGGCAGUUUCCAAUAGUGAUAAUUGUUAGUGUCAUUGUUUUGGCUUUUGUUGUUAAAAUCAUAAGUACUUUCGUUGCUGCUGUGUUUUUCAACAAGAUGAGUCCUCGUGAUGGUUUGACUCUUGGAUUGCUCAUGAACACCAAAGGCUUGCUAGCUUUAAUUGUCAUCAACUCUGCCCGAAACGAAAAGAUCUUAGACAACACAACAUUUACUAUUAUCAUUUUGGCGAUCUGGUUGAUGACUGUGGUUGUUGUUCCCAUUGUUACACUCACUCACAGAAGCUUUAGAAACUCCGAAAAGUGCUCACAAAGGUCUUUGAUUAGCUUACAACCAGACUCAGAGCUCCGAGUUCUUGCAUGUUUUCACUCUUCUCAUGAAGUCAGCAGCAUAAUCAACCUUCUUGAUGCCUCCAACCCCACAAAACAAUCUCCGAUAUUCAUUUUCGCCAUCCAUCUCGUUGAGAACAAUGGUCGUGCAGCCGCUAUGCUUAUUGUCCACGACGCUUGUAGGAUUAACGUUGGAGGAGACAAAAAGGAUCACGAGCUAUUGGACUCUUCUCAACAUGUGGCGACUGCAGCUUUCGAUGGCUUCAAGAACAAGAAAGAAGGCAUAACGGUUCAACCGCUCACCACUGUAUCAGCGUACGACACUAUGCACGAGGACAUAUGCAACCUUGCUGAGGAGAAUCGCACCAACAUCAUAAUUCUCACGUUUCAGCCUAAUGCGAAAAGCACAGGAGGAGGAACUAAUCCUGGACUAAUUAAUAACCAUCAUCUUAGAAGCAUUAACAAGAAAGUGAUGGAAAAAUCGCCUUGCUCGGUGGCUAUACUUGUGGACCGUGGCCACAGACCGCCUGUAGCAUCCGAUUCCCCUUCUGGCAACUGCCAAGUUGGCCAUCAUUUCAUGGUGCUUUUCAUUAGCGGACCAGAUGACCGUGAGGCCUUGGCUUAUGCUGAGAGGAUGUCCAGGAGUCGAACUGUUGCGUUGACUGUAAUGCGCUUCAUUGCUUCUGAUUACAUUGACAACAAUAGAAAUGAUGAUAAUGAUGGUGAUGAUAGGGAAGAGAAAGAGAAAGCAAUGGACGAUCAGUACUUUGAAGGGUUUCGCCAAAAGACAAGGGACAAUCCACUUGUGAAUGUUGGAGAAGUUGUUGUCAACAGUGUGGAAGAGGUUGUGAAAGCCAUUGGAACCAUGGCAGAAGAGUAUGACAUCAUCAUAGUCGGAAAAGGAAGAAGAUCAUCAGAUGGGCAAUCAUCUUCAAAGAUGUUGGAGGGGAUGGAAUGGAGCGACUAUCCAGAGUUAGGUCUUUUAGGAGACGCACUGGUGUGCUCGACUAUUGCCGUCAGUGCCUGGAUUCUUAUAGUUCAACAAGGUGGCUCCAAUGGUGACGAUAUUUGUUGGAACGGGCAAGUAGUGGAUAAUGGCAGUGGUAGACUGGAAGAAAAAUUAGGACAUACCAUAUGGCAGCCUCUCAGAGUUGAAACUCCCGAAUUCACACCAUUUGUGUCCCGUUCGAGUAGCUGUUGUUGAUAAUCAUAACAAAUAUAGCAACAUGAAAUAUUUUUGUGUAAAUUGUGUUGUUUAUCAAUUAGUGUUUUGAAAAGAUUGUUCAUAUAUUUAGCUCUCCCAACCAAAGAAAAGAAAAAAACACAUAGCCAUAGUUUCCAAA